UCCUGAUCUUGUGAAGCACCCACCUUGGUAUCCCAAAAUGCUGGGAUUACAAGCGUGAGCCACCGCACCCAGCCUCUCUGCUUUCUCAUUUCUAGUCUUCGUAACCAGUUAGCUCAGUGGUUGUUGUGGAUUAUUCCCUUGAGGUGACACAAAACCUGUUUAUUACCAACAUGUAGUGAUUUUCUUUCCCAUUAAGAUUGGUUACAAAAUAAAGUAUGAAACAUGCCCGACACCCCAGCAGUGAGCGGUUAGCUCAGUUGAUAGUCAUUGUCUGUUGCAUGUCUGACUGGAAAAUUGGAAGGUCAACGUUUGCUGCUUGGUAUCAGUUUAAAAACUGAUGACCUUAGGUAAUGGCAGGGUUCCUUAGUGGUUGCUUGGGUUGCAAGCCUAGACCUGAAGGUUUCUUCUAAACUUUCUCCACGCUCAUUCCUGUAGCAGCUACUGCAGCCAGCCAAGCCUGCGCCCCACCCCUGACUUCCCAUGUGGAGCUGGGUGUGCCAGGUAAAUGUCACAAGGCCAUGCCCGGCGAUGGCCAGCAUCACACGGCCUUCCCUGACCCACCCUUUGGCUCUGUCCCAGCCCUUCUCUAGAAAGAAGUCUCCCACUUCAGGUCACCAGCUGCUCUAGGGGCAGAGGCUACCCCGUUUCAUGGAUGCUAAUAAUAACAAAUAACUAUCUCAGAAGGGAACAUAGGAACUGCAUGAUUUGGCUUUUCUGACGUUGGGGAGAUCAGUGAAGGAUGUCGUGAUGCUUCAGUCACUGACAUUUUUCACAGAACAUUACCCCAAAGUACACAGAAACGAUUCAAAAAAUGUAGACGUCUUUGCCUAGCAGGUCACUGCAGAAGUGCUGGUAACUGAAGAAAGGAAGAGCAGUUCAUGAAUGCUUAUCUCAACGUUGUUCGUUGGGCUGCCCUCACCUCCCCUGCUCCCUGAGAAUACCAGAUGGCUUUACAAUGGAGGUGGUUAAAACACCGAAGGCCUUUUUUCCUUUUAUUAGUGGCUCAGCUGACCGUACAUCGGCCCCCACACUCGCCACCUGACCAGCGCGGCCUCAGCCUCCCUCAGCACUGCCGGCUGGGGGUUUUCUUAGACUCCUCUCCCUCCCCUGCAUUGACACCCGGGCCACCCUCAUCACUCCUUGUCAUCCUAGCCUGCAUUGGCCUCCCUGGCCAGCCUUCCAGAUUGUUUUUUCUCUCCCUUGCAGCCUGUCUUGCACACUGUGGCCAGGCCAUUCUUUCUGAGAAUACCAUUUCCUCACCUCAUGGCCCUGUUAACAAAGCUGUUUCCCAUUUGCCUAUCACAUCAGAUCCUAUCAGAGCUCUUUGGCUCUGGAUUAAAGCUGAUCCCACUGUUCCUGGCAAGCCUCGUUGCCCUCUGAUCCCAGCGUUGGCCUCCGUCCUUGUCAGGCCUCGUAUGAUGCCACUCUCUGCCAUCCUGCUGUUUCCAGCUCUGCACGUUUGCUCCUGCGUUUCUUUCUGCCUCAUAGGCUCUUAUUCCAGGGCUCUGGCCAAUCCAAAGCAUUCAUGGCCCAGUUACUCCCUUUUACUUGGAAAUAUUCCUCUGAGAAGCCCCCAGGUGUUUUUCCUUACUCAACAUAGUACUUGUAGUCAGGGCAUACUGAUAUUAUUUGGGAAUUAUUUGCAAAGUCACAGAUCUGGACUUCUCUCUCCAGCUGAAUCAUGAGUUCCUCAGGGCGGGCUCACAGUUCCUUAAGGAGCUGGUUAAACACUUUUAGUCACGGCAAGAAGCCUUUUUCACUUCUCAGCUCUGCCGGGAACUUGUUUCAUGUAUGCGAAACCACAGAGAAUUGCCGCCUGUAUCCUGUUCCCCCUCACCUAUUUUUUUUUAAAGAUGGUAAAGCUGUUUAUAAGAGUUUAAGUAACAUGGCCCUAGAACUACCCUGUGACUCUGAGCCCCGUGUCCUGCCCACAGCACCAGGCCAUGGAGACAAACCGUGUCCCUACCCUCACGUCUGCUUGUAACUUAGGAGGCUUACCAGUAAAAUCAGUGGUAACAGGACAUGUACUUCUCUUUGGGUAAAUUUAUUCUGUUUCUUUCUCCCAUUUUCUUUAUUUGUUGGAAAGAAUGUGCUGAUUGAGAAGCCAAAUAUUACUAGCCAUUUUCCCCAUCUGGCAUGGUUCUUUUGCAUAGCACUGGAUUAGGCCAAUGGACUGGCCUAACCCUGCAAAUAGCAGGAAACGACUCUUCUAGGGAAGGUCUUACUAACCUGACUUGAUCACUGAAAAAGCCAAUUUGCCACUUAAAAUGCUGAGUAGUCAUCCUCACAUAGAGAAGCCUCUAUUGUCAUGCAACCAUUUGCACACAGACAUGGUAGCUGGUUGGCAUUAAACGUUUGAUCAUUCGAUUUUCACACCAGCCCUGCAACUUGAUGGAACCAAGGCUCCUAGGGACUAAGUGACAUUCCCCUAGUAACGCAGCAUAGUGGUAGAGCGGGCAUUCAAACCUAGGUUUUGUUUUCCUUUGAGCUGAAAUUAUAAGAUAGAUAAAUAAACCAACCAACCUAGGUUUGCUUGACUCCAAAUCCUGAGCUGUCUACUGUGGGCCAUUAUAGCCUGUUUUCCUCUAGUAUUUGUGGGUGGUUUUCAAGAGCUAAGACCGAUCCUCUAAUAAGUCAGUGAAAUUGCUGCACAUGACAACAGCAUGCGUGUCUCACUCUCUGAGGCGAGCCGGCACAAGCUCCAGGUUCUGUGAUGAUGCCUCCCUCCUGAAUUGGGAGCAGCUGCCUAAAGGAGGCAGUGAAGGAUCAUCCUCACCCUUCAGGUGCUAGCCCAUGCCAGUGGGGUCUUACACACCUCUCCUUUGUUCUGUGCUGUUGAGUCUUCCUCAGUUAGUAAAGUCACCCACAAAUUAUGUUCAGUAAGACAGACACCAUGUUACGUGCUUAGAGAGAAUUAAGUCAGUGAUUCGGCCUGCCAGGACCUGGCCAUCUCGCUGAACAGAUGAAACAGAUGCAUGGAACAGUAACAGGGCCAGGCUGGAGUGGUGUGGACGGAAGGACUGCAGAAGCUCAGGUGAGGGGGAGACCUCAACCUCGGGGCAGUUUGAACUGCACCUUACAAGAUGGGUAGGGUUUUUAAGGCAGAGAGAAAGAACAUUCCCGAACAACCAUGUAUGAAGACAUUGAAGGGCAAUGAGAAAGCCUGUUUGCUGGAACAUAGGGUGUGUAGACAAAAGUGACUUGAGAGCUGGCUGUCCAGAGGUGAUGCCAAAUCAUGGAUGCAGUUAUGUCUGUGUCAGAAUUUUGUCUGAGGGAAACCACUGCCCGAGUGAGAGGUCUGAUGAGAACGGUGUUCUAGGAGGAUGGUUAACUUGCCAGCACUCUGUGAGUUGGGGCAGAGGAGAGAGUCUAAGGCAAGGGAGACCUGCGAGGCUGUGACCAGGGCCAGAUGCAGGGUGUGCCUGAUCCCCCAGUGGUGGCUGAGGGCAGACGGUACAAAGAAAGCAUCUUUGUUUUUUAGCUGGAUAUUCUGAAGGAUGUAGUAAAUGAGGAGGGAGAAGUCAGAGAUGACCCUGAGGUUCUGGGCCUAAGUCUCUGAGGAUGCUGAUACCAUUGUCUGCUGUAGUAAAACAAAGAUGGGGACUUCCCCUGGGUUAAAAGCAUUUAUCAUUUUUCUUUAAGUAUAUGGUGGCUUAUUCUGAUAGAAAAUAAAUUACUUCCAAAUUAAGAAGACAAUGUUUUCCUUUAAGAAGUGUUCUGAGGCGGGGCCUAGUGGCUCACACCUGUAAUCCCAGCACUUUGGGAGGCCAAGGUGGGCGGAUCACUUGAGCUCAGGACUUCAAGAGCAACCUGGGCAACAUGGUGAAAGCUUCUCUACAAAAAAUACAAAAAUUAACCAGGUGUGAUGUCUUGCACCUGUAGUCCCAGCUACUAUGGAGGCUGAGGUAGGAGGAUUGCUUGAGCCUUGGAGGCAGAGGUUGCAAUGAGCCAAGAUAAUGCCACUGCACUUCAGCCUGGAUGACAGGGUGAGAUUCCUCUGUCUCAAAGACAAAAAACAAUGUUCUGAGAACUACCUCCCCAUCAGUCAUGAACUUAAAGCAGUAGAGUCUAUCACAUGGUGAUCCUAGAAAAGUGCUCUCCUGAGUUCCAGAUCACACAGUCCAGUGUGGGAGAACUACUUGAAUUUACUCUGUGUAGUAGGAGUUGUUAGGACCCAUAUCAUGCUAAAAAUCCAUUUACAGUGAAAUCUUCAUUGAAAUAUUUAUUUAUUGGCCCUCGGUCCAGAUGGCCGAAAUGUUUAUUAUUUUCUUCAGCAAGUAAUAUUGUGGGGUAAAAAAAAUUAAGCCACCAUUUUUUGGUGGGGGGAACACUACUGUCUUGGGUUAUACUUGAAUUUCAAAACAGGAUGGCUUAUAUUUUUAUAGGCCUACUGGCUGGAAGUGCUACAAACAGAUCUUCAUGAGUUAUAAGUACUGUACCAUUGAAGUGUGGCUUAAAUGUAAAUAAAGUUUUCGUGCCUGAAAAUUCGAAGAUGAGAUGUAUGAGUCAUGUGGUAUUUUUUUUUUUUUCUUUUCCUGACCCUUUUUGUAAAUUUAAUUUUAUGAUAUACCACAUCUGUUAAACCUGGGGGGAGGAAGGUACAGCUUGUUUCUGCCCCUGAUCACUGUGCUUAUGUGGUAUGUGUUUGUGA